AUGUCUCGCGUCUCGUACGGGAGUCGUGCUGGCGACGCGACCGACUAUGGCGGCGGGGGCCAUGUCCAGUUCGUAGGACCACGACACGCAGCGCGCGCGGGACCCUACGACUCGUUAGAAGCGCUGAUCGCCGCGCUGCGCCAGGAAUUCGACGCCGCCGCGGAGAGUGUCAUGCCGGUGUGCACCACCCUCGAGAUGUCGCUGGGCUUGACCGCCGUCAUUCCGCUGGUGCGGCCGGGGAUCGGACCUUAUUCCGAGGGCGGCGACCACGACCUGCCGUUCGAGUUCAAGAACGGGCUGUAUGAGAUGGAACACGAUCCCGGGCAGAAACAUCCUCGCGCGCCAUGUAGCGCCAUCAUCAAUGUGACAGAUGCCAGACAAAAGCAGGUUGUGCAACGGGCGGCUUCGAGAGGGAUCAUCUCGGCGAUCGAAGCCCUCGAUGGAUUCCGAUACAGCUUCAACAAUGCCUGGACGGCAAAGGACGAGGAAGGCGCGCGCUUCUCCUUCAUCUGUCAGGACAGCAUGCAGAACAAGGACCGGCAUGCGAAUGGUUACACGCGAAUCCUCAAGCAUCUCAAGGACCCCGGCGGCGCCGAGCGAGGACCGCGAAAGCCGACAUAUGACUGCAAAGGCAGCGUCAGCAUCAAGUUCAGCUCCUCGAGACAGAGCUGUGAUGUGUUUUACCGGCACAACGCGAUCCAUGAAACUGUCGCCGCGAGAAAACCGGCGGCCCGAGCAGCAGCAGCGGCCAAGCGAACUUCAAGCUCAUGGAUUAGAUUGCCGAGUGCUGCGACGCCCAUCGCUCCACAGGAAGAGGACACCGGUGGUUUAUCAGCAAUGCUUCAGGCGGAGACUGCGAGCUCGGCUCUAGCGCUGGUCAAACCGCCCCCAGCACAAUCAGGCCCCUCGACCUCGAACAUAGGUAGACCGCUGAAGCGGAAGCGGGACGAGACUGCACCACCAGGGCGACUCUCGGAACAACCACUAUCGCUGGCAGACUUGCUCAGACAGAGCGAGACAGCAAAAGCGCCACCUCCAACGAAUGAGAACGGCGGAAAGUCCACGCCUGGUGCGGCGGCUGUUGCAUAUGAACUACCCUCAUGGCAGACUCCGCCCCCAGCCCUGCGUCAGUCAGCGGAUGGACUUCCUUAUCCGCUUCCAUAUCAGCCCAAGGGCAGGAAUAUGGUAGUAACAGCCUUGACACCACCCUCUGGUACGUCAGCUGCAUUGAAGAACCCUCCGCACCCGAAGAACUUCCAGCAAUUUCGUGUGAGCAGCAGCACGCCUGCACGAAAACAAUCGGCGUCGCAAGGCUUGUUCACGACGAUGAAGAUGGUCCCGACGAACAAGCCCCCUCUCCGCUGGCCACAACAGUCCCAGCGGUCAGCGAUGAGCCCACCCAGCGCGACCCAUUUUGUUGCACAAUCCAGGCAUAGAUCUGUGCUGGCCUGUACUAACUGCAGAUUAGCCAAGAGGCGCUGCGACGAAGGACGGCCUCAUUGCGGACCUUGCUCUAAAACUGGCAGAUUGGACUGUAAAUAUGAAGCACCCGCGGGUUGGAGAGCAAUAAUGAGCGCAGAUUCCCAGCAGUCUCCGACUCAGCAGAAUACUUCUUCUGCGCUUGCGCAGUCGACCCCCAACUCUGCGCAACCUACUACACAGUCUGCGCAGAACAUUGGUCAGCAGAGUGCACAAACCUCUCCACAGUGGCAACCUCCCUCCGCACAGAACACGAACUCACAACAGUGGCCCUCACAGAGCUCGCCUCCGCUACAAACAUGGGGCAAUAUCACUAUCGCAUCGCCGAAUAUCGUGAGGCCAUCAAGUCCUGAUCCUUGGUAUCCGAAGCGAUGAGAAAAGAGCCCCAAUGCUGCGCAGACCCACCGUAUUCCAUUUCCUCGGCACCCGGUUUCUGAAAUGAACGAGAACGAGUCAACGACGCGUAGGAUCGCAUGAGCGCGGAUGCCGCUAUGAGGCCUGGAAGGUAUCGGAAUGCAUGGUCAGAGUGUGCCUUGGCUCAAGAAGGCAUGGUCUUGUUGCGCGUUACCAUUUUACCACAUGGAAGACAUGCCAAUGACGGCUGUCCGCGCUGGCAUUGGACCCGCAAUUCACUUGACAGAGCUUGCGCUCUCCUCCGAGCCACUCUUUCAACUCGAACCGAUAGCGCAAAAACGGCCAUUUGCAGCAAUCGUGGUGAACAUGUUGUCAUCGAUGUAGCUGAAUGAGCAUGCAAUGCAAC